AGUUCCAGUCUACCCGUCAUUGACUGUUCAACUGGUCGACAGUGUAGACGGUGCGCUCUUGUCUCUCUAAGCCAACUCAAUUCUUUUGUUAUCGUCAGUGUACGAUCAAUUGUUUUAUUUUUUUAUUUUCUCGUUUCCCAAACCAAAACAUACUAGAAAAAGACUAAAAAACAUUGACAUAAAAUGAAAUCAGCCUGCCUAGUGGUGAUAGCGGUCAUCUAUCUAGUUCCAGCCAGUGUCGCUAUUUGGACUGGCCUUUUCGACCGCCUGAGUCAAAGGGUGGACACGCUGGCCGAACGCCUCGGUGCCGACAUUGACAGCAGCUUGAAACAGACACUCAAUCCGGUUGUGGAACAAUUGAGCAAUAAAGCACACAACGUACGCGAGUCGCUGGGUAUCUGGAACAGGCCAUUUAGUCCGCUAUCCAGUGGCCAUCCCAACCCUGUAAUUCCGCCCAAUCCAAAUCUGGCCAACCAAAACGAAGGUGCUAACCCAUUUGAUUUAGGACUCUCGCCAUUGUUCCAGAGCUUCUUUGACAACACCCCCCAACGAGAAUGGUGGAAAGGACCAAACAUUUGCAUCGAACGGGAAGAAAUCGACGAAGCCAAAAAAAGCAAUUUGACUUCCCCUGCGUCUACUCAACGACCGGCCCCCAUCCAGACUGAAGGUGACGUCACACUGGACGAGGACGAACUGCCAGUUGAAGACAUUUCCAAAAUCGGCGAAGCGGACUUGGGAACCCGACAAAGUCGUCAAUUUAGCGCACACGUCCGCAUGUCCUCCUGCAAUGACGAAGGGCUAUCUUAUUCUUGCGAAACAAAGAUCCGGUCAAAUGGCAUCCGCAAAAUUUACAAGACGAGGUACAAUUGCUGUUACGGUACCGUUCGUGAGGCAGGUGAAUUCGGCUGUCACGCCGUCGAGUUGCGUAGCCUCCAGGAAACCGUUUUCGCCCUUGGCGGACGCAGUUUUCUUUCCCUAAUGGCGGAGGCUGAAGUUGACCCGAAAUUCCUCAACCAAAACCACACUUAUUUUGUUCCGGUUGAUCGUUCCUCACCGGCAGCCAGCGAUGUAGCUAAUGAUGUGAAUACUCAGAACGAAGGGCUGACGACCGAUGUUAAACAGGAUGAGUCGGUCCGCUUGCGUCGCCAGGCCACCACCAUUAUGCGGAUGGAUGCCGAGCCCCGUGACAUGACCGAAGUUCGCACAGUCGUCCGUGGUCACAUGGUGCCCGGAAUCUACCUCACUUCAAAUUUCCGCGACGAACAGUUACUGGAGACAGAAAAUAGCGAGGCCAAGAUCCGCAUCAAUAUGUACAACGCUCCGGCUCGCAUUUAUACAGCCAACUGCGUCCGUUUGGUCUCGACAAACAAUUACGCCCACCAGGGUGUUAUUCACAUGCUCGAUGGAGUCAUGAAACCCGCCACUAAGACCAUCGCCCAGUUGCUGGAAUCCGAGCCGCAUUUUUCAUCCUUCCGCAAACUACUCAGAGAACAAGAUGUGGCCAUGUUCAGCCAAUCCGGCCAGUUGACAGUGUUCGCUCCAACUGACGACGCCUUCGCCAAAUUGAAUCCGGAAUUGAGAGGGCGUCUCCUGAAAGGCGAGGGCUGCGUGCACAGCGUAGUCGAACACCACGUGCUGCCCAAUGUGAUCUGCUCAACUGUCAUCCAAGGGCGGGCCCGUUCGACUUCUCUCCUCGGCUCUUCCCUGCUGCUGGAACGUGACUUGGAGGGCAAACUCUACGUUAACGGCAAACAGGUGAUUACACGCGACGUCGUGGCCUCUAACGGCGUUCUGCAUGUCAUCGAUGGCGUCCUCAUUCCGGAAAACGCUCGCAGCUUUAGUCAACUUCUCUCCUCCCACAAUCUCACUGAGCUGGCCCGUUUAGUCGAAGCCGCAGGAAUGGUCCCCAUGUUGGAUUCCCUCACCAACGCCACGCUGUUCGCUCCAAAUAACUACGCCAUCCGCUCCAUUCCCGAUGAGGUCAAACAGUCGUGGAUGACCAAUCCUGAGAAACUGAAACAAGUUCUUAUGUACCAUUUGGUUCAACCCGGAGUCCGUCAGGCCGGCCUAGCCAACAACCAAAUGGUUGAGACUGGACUCAAGGGCCAGAGUGUCCGCAUGAACUUUUAUCAGUCGAUGCCAUUCUUCAAUGCUGCACCGCUUCGGGCCAGCGUACAGUGCGGCUCUGUUCUCCGCUGGGAGCAGGAUGCCUGUAAUGGUAAUGUCCACAUUAUUGACCGAGUUAUGAUCCCACCGGAGAAUAGCAUCACUCAAUGGUUGGCCAACAAUCGCAGUUUCUCUAUUAUGACAACACUCCUUAAGGAUACCAAAUUGAAUGAAAUUCUCAGUGCUGAGGGCACUUACACCGUUCUGGCGCCUCCUGAUGUGGCAUUCUAUCAAAUGCCCGAAGAGGUCUUAUCCGAAAUUACAAAAGAUCCUCGUAAAGCCGCCACUAUUUUGAAACAACACAUUCUACCUGAACACGUGUGCUGUUCUGGAUUCCGCGGUGAUUGGUUCACCAGCAACCGCCGUCGCACUAUCGAUGGAAGCUGGAUAUCUCUCCAGCGCCACCUUGACGGAAGUCUGACUGCUGGAGACUCUCACAUUCUCUCGUGUGAUCAACUAGCCCUCAACGGUGUCAUUCAUGUUGUGGAUCAGGUCAUUAUGCCAAAAGUAAAUGCUCUACCGUUCUUGUCUGGCACUCGACGACUUGGACUUCCCGGAAUGGAACUGAUUCUGAAUCAUGGCAAACAAAAAAGAAUUUAAGUUAAGCAAAUCGACAAACAUCAUCAAAAUUUGAUAGCCAAGACCGUUCUCUACAAUACCGUUUUCAUAUUUUUUAAUUUUUUUAAUUUACGCUGUUCUUUACGUAAGUAAUCAUCGAUUGGGGGAAGAAAGCAUUUUCCUUUUUUGAGUUAUUCCACCUUUUAUUCAAUGAAACGACUGUAUAUUUAUUCAUGAUUGGUUUUUUUUAUUUCCUUACUCUAUUGCAAUAAUUCGGAUGAGCAUUAUUUUUUUUAUUCCGUUGUGGCCCAUCCGGUUAAAGUUUGCUUUGCUGGACAAUACAAAAUGUAAUGUAUGGGAUUGAAAAA